AAUGGAUUCAUUGCGGUCAGUUACGGAUUACAUGCUCCUCAAAAUGUUUGAGGAACAAGUCUACUUUAGAAUUUGCUAUGUCACGUUAAGGUAGUGAACUUACCACAAUAUGGAUCUAUUGGUCCAAGCUUUAAGUCUCUAUAGGAGAAGGCGUUACGACAAGUGUAUAGAGCUAUGCAGUGGAAUCUUAGAAAAGCAGCCUUUGGACCAGGCAGCUUGGUGUCUGAAGAUGAGAGCAAUGACCCAAAGGGUGUAUGUGGAUGAACUGGAUAGCGAAGAAAUUCCAGAAUUGGAUUUUCUGGAAGACAGUGCGGUAGCCACCGCACCAAGACCCGGUACUUCAAUGAAGACAGCGGCUCUUCCUCCCACAACGGCACUGGCUUCAAGGCCGCGUACAGCAACAGGACGUCCCAUAUCAGGAGUGGCUCAUCCAGGUACUCAAAUUCGACCAGGGUCAGCUCUGGACCGUCUCAAGACCGCUCGACCAGUCACAGGCCAGUCCGCUCGCACAAUCAGACUAGGUACAGCCGCUAUGUUGUCACAGAAAGAAGGCCCUUUUAUACAGGUAUCUAGACUGAACCUCUCAAAAUACAGUAAAGAUCCAAACCUAUCCAAGCCUCUUUUCGAAUACCUAUUCUAUCACGAAGGAGACAUCAGGAACGCGUUGGAAUUAGCUGUCCACGCAACUCAAAGCUGUGAAUUCAAAGACUGGUGGUGGAAGGUGGCUCUCUCUCAAUGUUACGUUGGGCUUAAUAUGGUGAGAGAUGCUGAGCAGCAACUGAGGAGUGCUUUGAAGCAACACCAACAUGUGGAGAUCUUUAUUAGGCUUAGUCGGAUUUACCAGAGGCUUGAUCAACCUCUAUCUGCCGUGGAUGUUUGCAAAUCUGGAUUAGAAGUAUUCCCUAAGGAUGUCUCAAUCAUGACUGAAUUAGCUAGGCUGUACGAAGCUGUUCAUGAUACCGCUCCAUAUAUAAGAUUCUACAGAAGUGUAGUGAUAGAAGAUGCUAUGAACAGUGAAGCGAUCGCAAGCAUUGGAAUGUACCAUUUUUAUAACAAUCAGCCAGAAUUGGCGCUGAGAUAUUAUAGGAGGGUUUUGGCAAUGGGAGCUCACUCGCCAGAACUGUACAACAAUCUAGGUCUAUGUUGCCUUUAUGCUCAACAGUUGGACUUGAUCUACCCCUGCUUUCAACGAGCUCUUGAACUAGCCAUAGAUCCACUAGUUAAAGCUGAAAUAUGGUAUAAUCUUUCCUACGUAGCACUGACAGCAGGUGAUGUCCAACUGGCAGUGCAGUGCCUUAACGUAUGCCUAUCUGCAGACGCUUCGCAUGCUUCGGCUCUGAACAACCUCGCCGUGCUCUACCACAAAACAGGCAAAACGAGCCUGACCAAAGCGUACCUCACAUCUGCCACCACGGUGGACCCCAAUUUGCCAGAGCCGCAAAUCAAUCUGGAGAUACUGCUAAACGACUAGCCGUACAGCAGAUGUACCGAAAUGCAAAUUGGAUAUUUUGUUAAUAAAAAUAAACGUUGAAGGUCGAACAGUUAAUUUGGGUUGCAUUUCCUUCUUCAACCGAAACAUGGGUACGGUUGUACGUAACAUGCA